AUGGCGGAUUUUAGUGAUAUGAACUCACACAAAAUGACAGAAAAUCACGUACAAAGUCGGUGUAAUAAUCAGUGGGUUCGACUAAAUGUUGGUGGUACAUAUUUCUUAACAGCAAAAACUACUCUAGCUAGAGAUCCUAAUUCAUUUCUCUAUCGAUUGUGUCAAGAAGAUUCGGAACUUAUCUCAGACAGGGAUGAAACUGGAGCAUAUUUAAUAGAUCGUGAUCCAACAUAUUUUAGCCCUAUUUUAAAUUAUCUACGUCAUGGAAAAUUAGUAAUUAACAAAGAUUUAAUAGAAGAAGGUGUUUUAGAAGAAGCAGAAUUUUAUAAUAUUACAGAAUUAAUACGGCUAGUCAAAGAAAGAAUUAUAUUAAGGGAUACCAGACCAUUACGAGAUUCAAAAACACAUGUAUAUAGAGUUCUUCAAUGUCACGAAGAUGAAUUAACUCAAAUGGUAUCAACAAUGUCAGAUGGAUGGAAAUUUGAACAGUUAAUCAACAUAGGAUCUCAGUAUAAUUAUGGAAACGAUGAUCAUGCUGAAUUUUUGUGUGUGGUUAGUCGAGAAUAUGGGGCCAGUCAACUUGGUAGCAAGGAACAAGAAUCAACGGAUCGUGUUAAGGUUCUGCAGCAGAAGGGUUCUCGUAUGUAAUCUUUAAAUCCGUCCUUUCCUUUUCUUGCUUCGUUUCAUUAAAUCAACUGUGCAGCGACAAGAUGAAGACUGUUUUUAUUUUUACACUUAAAGAUUUAAGUUUAUACAAAUCUUCAUUGCUCCAUUCUUUCUUACAUGGUGGUAAUUGCAGAAAGAACAAAAAAAUGCAAAUAUAUCUUCUAUAGUUACGUAGCUACAUUACGUAACAACAAUAUGAAGCUUUAAUAACUGAAAGUAUCACGUAUAGGCGUGUGAAUUUGUUUUUUUUUUUUUUUCUUUUAAUUGUUCAUUAAGAAGAUAAUACAUAUUGUAGUAAAUAUAGUGAUUUCAUAUGAGGUCGUAUAUUUUAUAAAUAAUAAUGAAAAUUGUACUGAAAUAAAACUUUCUAUCGACGCUUUUCUUUCGAGAAAGGUAUAUUAAAAAAUAAAAGUAUUAAUAUAUGUACAAACAUCAACAUUGAUAUGCUAUGAAACAAAAUUGUUAUUUAGCUGUAGAAAUUAUAUUUUAAUUUUGCUAAACGGUUUAAAAGACAAUAGCAUUCGUAAAGACAAUUUUUUUCAUACAAAUUUCUACAAUGAAUAUUAAUACUCCCUAGCAUUAAAUAGAUUAUCUUUUUGUAACAAAAACAAUUGUAUAAAAGUAUGUUUUUUCUAAUCGUGUCUUCAUCAUAACAUUACUUAAAUUACAUACCUUCGCACUGCCGUUAUAAAACACAAAAUGGUAUUUGAGCAUGAUAUUUUUCGUUAUCUGAUGAAGAUUAUAAUCACAAGUAUGUUAAAUUGAUUUUAACAAAUGAGAUAGUGUGCAUAAAGAAAUAUAAUUGUUAACAAAAACAAUUAAUUAUAUUAUUUGAAUAUGACGAAGUAAUCGCAUUAAAAGAUACAGUCACAUAUUUUCAAUUACUUAAAUGUAAUUUCCUAAAUAUAUGUAACUUUUAUUAUACCAAUAUUUGAUUCAAACACGAUGCGAAUAUCACAAUAGAUUUUUUCGUUUACUUUUUUUAUGAUAUACGCACCAUCUUUGUUUUUAUAAGUAUUAAAACUUAUAAUAAAAUUGUUAUUCUACUUACAGAAAUAAUACAAUUUUCAAACAAAUAUUAAUAAUAUAGGUUGUCAAUUGCUGAAGGCCUAUUAAACAAAUGUCGUAGACAAUAUACUCAUUUUAAAAGCAUUAUUCGCGAGUAAGAAGAUACAUGUAACAUUAAAAUAUUAUAAGUA